AUGGCUUCACCUCUAGCGAUCCAAGUUGAUCUGACCAGUCUCCAGGCGGUCUCGGGCAAGACGGCGCUGGUGACCGGCGCCUCAUCCGGGAUAGGCCUGGCCAUUUGCGACUUGCUGUACGAAAGCGGUUGCAAUGUUGUGUACGUAGCUGGCCGGAAGCGGCCGCCGACCAAGGUACUCCUCGAAAACAAUCCUCGGACGCUGCUGUUCAACUGCGACGUCAGUUCAUGGGAAGCCCAACGCCAGAUCUUUGCCGAUGCCAUUGCCAAGUUCGGCCAGAUUGACGUGGUUUGCCCCAAUGCCGGCAUUGGCGAGCCACGAGAUCAAAUGUACGAGUUGAAGACCGAUGCCGAGGGAAACCUCCUGCCCCCUGAAACCAAGGUCUACGACGUGGACAUGAAAGGAACGGUCUACACCACGGCACUGGGCCUUCACCAUAUGGCGGCCAAGGGCGGCAGCAUCGUGAUUGUAUCCAGCCUGGGUGGCUACAUCGGAGUGGACGAGAUGCCCAAUUACGCGGCAACCAAGCAUGGGGCCGUUGGCCUCUUACGAUCACUGUGCCGGCCAGCGGCCAAGAAAAACAUGUGGGUGUCAUUGCUGGCACCGCAUAUCAUCUACACUCCUGGCACCUUCUUCGACAGAUAUGUCCCGACAAAGGAGAGCUACGAAGCAGCGCGGGCAGCUCUGAAGCCAUCGGGGGUCAAUCUCAGCUCGGCCUACACCUGCGCUCUGGGGGUAGCGCAUCUUUGGCACCUUGGGCGGGCUGCGAGUGGAAUGUCCGUUUUGGUCGAGGAUGACGAGCUUCGUAGCCUCGAGAGAGAAUUGUGCGACGCAUAUCCAGCGUGGUUCUGUAAAAAAAUAGAGAGCGUCAUAAACGACGCUGUACAGGACGCCUGGGGAUGA